CUCCCUAGAACUUCUACAGGAAGUGCUAAUUCGCCAUUUUUCCGUCAUUGAAGUCAGUGUCAGCUAUUAAAACAUUAAUUUUAACAAUUUUACACAAUUUAAGAAUACCAGUAUUUCAGAAAAGGUUUUCAAAUUGCCUAUUAAAGAAAUACAUGUGUAAGGUUUUGUCUUUAUUAUUAUAAAGACAAGCAGAAAGCGAAGCUCAAAACAAGGAGCUGAUUUAUAUUUUUUUUGGGUGUUUUGUUCCAUCUUAACCGCCAAAAUUGCUACCAUGCCAACAAUCCGUAGGACUUUGAAGAAUGUGGUGAAAAACUAUUCGGACGCACAAGUUAAAGUGCGCGAGGCCACCUCAAAUGACCCGUGGGGUCCCUCCAGUACAUUAAUGGGGGAGGUGGCUGAUUUAACCUACAAUGUUGUGGCAUUCACGGAAAUUAUGCAGAUGAUAUGGAAACGAUUGAAUGAUGAUGGCAAGAAUUGGCGUCAUGUUUAUAAAGCGAUGGUUUUAUUAGAUUACAUUGUUAAAACGGGUAGCGAGAAGGUGGCUCAACAGUGUAAAGAAAACUUUCAUGCAAUAAAAACGCUGUCUAGUUUUCAAUAUAUAGAUGCUGAUAAUAAGGAUCAAGGAAUGAACGUAAGAGAGAAAGCCAAACAGCUUGUAGCACUCUUAUCAGAUGAUGAAAGAUUAAAAAAUGAAAGAGCAAAAGCUCUCAAAGCUAAAGAAAGAUUUGCACAGAACGCUAUGGGUAUAAGCAGCACAGGACAGACAAGUGGAGGAAGUCAGUUAGGAAGUCCCACAUUAUCUGGUGGGGCAGGUGGGUACUCUGAUCCUUAUGGUGGAGCGAUUGCUAUUGGACAGGAUUUUGACAGUUCUCCAUCUGAUGGUGGUAGAAGAAUGUCAACUGAUGUAGCUCUAGCUAGACCCUCAUCACUAGGUGAAGAAGAAAUACAGUUACAGUUAGCACUAGCUAUGAGUAAAGAAGAACAUGAUGAAGAAGUAAGAAAACAGAAAAGUGAUGAUAUUAAAUUACAGUUAGCUAUAGAUGAAAGUAAAAAACAACAUGAUGAUGAGAGAAAAAAGCUACAACCACCAACAGCCAAUAAUACAAUAUUGAACAUGUCAGGGGGAGUAGCAGAUCCAUGGGGUGUUCCAGCUCAAAAUUCACAACCUGCAGAUCCAUGGGGAGCACCGAAACCUCAACCAACCAAUCAAGGUGUUGAUGCUUGGGGUUCACCAGCUCGUGUUAAACCACCAGCAACAUCAAGUGAUCCAUGGGGUGUAUCAAGCCCAUCUCCUGUUGUAAACCAAUCUUCACCAGCUCCACAGAUAGAUCCAUGGGGACUUCCCCCACAAGCCACAGCUAACCAGUCUGGUAAUUUUGAUGCAUUUGGUACACCUAAUGCUAAUACAAACACACCUACAACUAAUGGAACAAAUAAUAUCGAUGAUGCAUUUGAUCUGCUGAGUGCUAGAAGUAAUGAAAAUUCCCCAGCUAAAUCAAAUGCUCAAACAGAAAAUAAUUCUAAAGAUUUAUGGGAUUUAACUGGUAUGAAUUCAAGUAUUGAUCAAGCAACAACUAACGCUAGAAAAACACCUCAAGACUUUUUAGGAGCAAAUGCUGCUCUCGUUAAUUUAGAUGAGUUGGUUGCUAAAAAUCCACCAAAAGGUAAUAACCCAUUUGCUAGCAGUGGCCAAAUGAACAAUCCCUUUGAAGGUUCUGCUCCUCGCGUUCCUAUGAACCAGCUUCAAAACACCACACCUGGCUUCACUUCUGUUAAUACUGGAUUACCUACCCCUCUUUUACCUUAUAAUAAUACCCAACCCCCUAUACAACAACAAGGCUAUAAUCCCUUUUUAUGAGUGUUGGACAGAGAUGCCUCCAGAAUAUUUAGCAUGGGGACUAUUUGGUUUAUUAAUACCUAGAGAGCUAUAUAUAUCCUAGGAAUGGAGACUUCUGAGAUCUGAGAUAUAUUAUAGACUGUUCACACCAUCUUCACAUGAUGUAUGUAUUUCACACAGAGAAAUUUCCAUUAUGCUUGAUAUGAAAAUGAGCCGAUACUUCUUAGAAAGACUGAGAGAUAUGUAUGCUAGUGGUCUAACAAGAUGAUAUAUCAACAGGGUUACAAUAUCAUAUCUAUGUCAUACAACAGGUAAUAGUACGUCAACAAAACAAGCCAAUUUGUGAUCAACAAGGAUGUUUCGUUUACGAGGAAUAUGUUUUAUAUUUACACAUAGUGAGGUUCAUAUAUCCUAGAAGUUGGUGUGAAGUACUGAUCAAAUUGUACAUUUAUUACUAGUUUAUAUAUAUUUUAUACAGCUGAUAUCUUUAUCUAAUUGUACAAAGUGCGGAAGACAGAGAAUCGUAACUGUCCGGUUUUUAACUGUAUAAUAAAUGAGGAGACGUGUAAUUCAGGAGAAUAUUUUGUAAUGUUUAUAAGAUACAGAUUUAUGAACCAUCUACAGAUUGAGAACUGUAUAUCUAGAUCUGAACUAUGUAUCUUGUGUGAUAAUAAUAUGACAAUUCUAAGAAGAAUUUCAACUGCUGUUCAUGUAGUGUAAAUUAGUACAAAUCUUAUUGAACUACAACCAAUAUAAAACAUUUAUUAAGAUGACUGCUCUAUGUAGUGUCUGCUACAUCUCCAGUAUUUAUAUCAUUAAACAGUCAUGAACAUCUAUCCGCAAAACAAAUAUCAUGUCUAGAUUGAAUUGGGCGCUAGUGGGUUCUAUCUAUUGAAAAUUUUCCAAUUAUUGCAUUGAUUUCCAUUAUUUUAUUACUACAUUAUCUUACAGGCAGGUGUUAGUAUUUUAAAGGCCAGGUAGGAACAACUAUAAUAUUACUAAUAACUAUUAUUAUUACAGCAAUAAACUAUAUGUGUAGAUUUUCUGCUACCGGUCAAAUUGGUGUUCGUCCAUGAUGAAAUUACUAUAUCCUAAAUAGGUUAAAAUCACAAAAAGUUAUGUUAUUUAUCUAGAAGAAAGGAAUGGGUUGGGUUUCAUUGCCUUAUGAUUUAAAUCCUGUUUCUGGAAAUAACGAUGUCUGAAUCCUUCCUGAUGAUGAUGUGAUUACUCAUCACAAUUGAAAGAUGAAAUUUUAACCAGAUCAAAAUCUGUAUAGUUUAUAAUGAAUAACAUGCUGUUGGUGUAUUCAAAACACCUGUUCUUCAUGUCAUUUUAUUUAAUUUCUAGACUAGUAACUUGAUUUUACCCAUUCUGGUUUCUCCAGACUCAAAAAGCUCAAACAUAUUGAAGGAGCUGUCCCAGAUUUCACAAAAAUGUGCAAACAAAAUGCCAGGAUGUGAAGAAAUAGCCUGUGAACAUUAUAUAAAGUUUCAACUUAAAAUAUUGAGCUGUUCAGAAAAAAUCCUAAACUUGCUGAACAGGUUUACAUAUCCAAGUUAGAGAAUUUCAUUGUUUAAAUGUAUGAGUGACUUGGUAUUCACGACAAGCGUGUGGCCAACCCCACCUGGAAACUGAAAGAUUGUAUUUCUUCCAAAACGUAUUACUGAGCUUGAGACAUUUACACAGGAUAAAAGAGAACAGGGUUUUGAAUACAUGCAGUGUGUGCCUAUAUUGUUCCAGUCGGAAUCUGACAACUCUUAAUUUAUUAAUACUGAUUGUUUGGGUGAAUGUAUCGAGUGUUCUGGGUCACAAAUGAAAUGUAAAUAAUGGCUGAAUGUAUAAGCAUGUAAUUGCUUUUUAUUUUUACAUUGAAUUCUAUGUUAUACAUGUCUUUAAAUGUAAUAAUGCAUGCAUGCUGUCAAGACAUUUUUUUAUCAAAAUUAUUAAUAUGGCUGCUGUAAUAUAUACAAGCCCAGUGUUUGCUCUUGAAACAUCAAUUUAACAAUUUGCUUGUGUCCAUUGUCAUUUGUCAAGUUUUACAUUUACAUUAAACUAUGUGUCAUUUAUUGAUGAAUGUAUAAUCCUUCAUUAAUAUCAUCAGUUUCAGGUCUAUUGUGUCUCUCGGUUUAAAACUUAAGUUCAUUUUGAAAAGCUGUUCUCACAAAAGUUGAUGUCUUUAGAAAAAUACCAUUGUGUGUUUUUGCUGAUCAGAGAAUAGUUGUACAUCUGAAGAUUGUUCAUGCACAGCAUUCUAUUGAAGAAAUGUUAUCCGACUAAAGCAGAAGCACAUAGAAGGAGAAAUUUGAGUUUUGAUAUAUUUUUAAAAUACUUGCUUUGAUAGGAUUGAAUUCUUUUUCUCUACCAACAAAUAUAUGAAUUAAGACCAUUGUUACACAAAAAAUAAAGCAAAUGAAUCUGAGGCAAAUGCUUUAUUGAACUUCACACAGGUUCUUAUAAUGUUAUUGCAGAUGUCUACUACAAACAAUAUGCCUUUUAAACAUGACCAUUGUAUAAAUUUUUACAACGUGUGGCCUUAAGCUGUUGACAUGUAUUUUAAGUUAAUUAGAAAAUGUAACUGUGUUUGUCUUAAUUGUAUUAUUUUAUGAUAAAAUAAGCAAUAGUCUAUUAUAUACAACAGAUAGUAGUGACUAAUCACUUGGUUUUGUUUAAAGAUCUAAACUAGUGUCAAUCAAAAAGUAUUCUUAAGAGCAUUUAAAUAUUAAAAUACAUUAUUAUUUCCAAGUAUUAUUUUAUAAAAUGUAUUGAAGGGUAGGUCACACUAAACUAUUAUCAUCACUGGUUUUUGACUCAAUUCAACUCUUGAAGUCAAGGAUAUAUUUUUAAAAAAAGGAAUUUCCUAAGAGACAACUAAUACUAUAGAAUAAAUCAUGAUUCUAGUUUUAAUAAUCCUAAAGAAAUACAUAUAUAUAUCAUUUUAUAGCCUAUAUCAAUGUAUUUAUUAUUAUACUGUUAUUUAAGUUAUAUAUUAAUCAUAGGUUAUAUUUCAAUUUCUCAGUACAUCAUAUAAGUUUUGAAAACAUUUGGUAUAAAUAUAUAUUUUAAUGUUAUCUCAGUUGAUAUUUUAAAUGUUAGUCAUGUCAAAGACCAAGUUGAUUUAUUUAAUGCUCAUUUGUUUUCACCAUAAACUGUUAAUUAUGAAAUUAAUUUAUUAUAUUAUUUGCAUGAGUUCUAUUAAGAUUUAUAUGAUAUAUAUUGUUCUUGUCUAACAGAGCUUUUUACUUCAAUGACUGUGUAUUUGUGGAACUUCAAUUGAUAGAUGUACUAUGUUUUCAACACCAUCAAAUAAAACUGAAAUUAAAACUAUGAUA